AUGGAUUUUGGGACUGAAUUGAAGGGAUGUGUUUGCCGGAUCAACAACUGCGCCAUCGAACUCUUCUCCAUGAAGGAGGAUUUGGAGAUUGAAGACGAAGACUCAUGGGACCUGGUUGGGAGGGACCUCCGGCUGAAGGCCACCUUCUUGUAUAUUGACCUCAGCCGUGUGAUCUCCUCCUGUGAGAGCGAUGAACGCAAGAAGAUGCUCACUGGCCUAGCCAACAAGUUCUUCUACUUCAUGGACGAGGUGAUGACUGCUUCCUUCCACUUGUUUGGUCAAACUUGGGCUCAAAGCAUGCCUUAUUUCAUUGCAAAUUCACAUGUCGAAUCAUACAUACACAAGUUAUCAGGGUUCAUGUAUGCCCUUGAUUAUCAAAUUUCACAAAUGCCUCAGCAUCUCAAGUCAACUUAA